AUGUCGGAGGUGGGAGACGCCGAAGCACCAACAGCACCCUUACUGGCGACGGUGCCUGACGCCCACUCUGGACCCAAGUCCUUCCCCCUUGAUCUCGGAAACGAUGGGGUGGAGGACAUCACCCUGGAGAGGACCACCAGCCACCACAGCGCCGACGCCGCCGGCAAUGGCUGGAAGGCCACCACCUUCAUCCUCCUCACAGACAUGUUUGGCUUGGGCGCCCUGGCCAUUCCCUCCGUCUUCGCCCACCUGGGCUGGCUGGCGGCCGGCGUCGCGCUGCUGGCCCUGGGCUUGGCCAUGCUCUUCUCCGGCUCCCUCUUCACGCGCCUGGCCGCCGCCCACCCCGACGUCUCGGUCUACCACCGCCUGGCGGGCGCGGCCUACGGGCGGCGCGGGCGCUGGCUGGUGUUUGGCACCGUCUACACGCUCAUCCUCCUCUCCCCCGCCGUCAUCCAUCUCACCUCCGCCGAGGCGCUGGGGGUGCGCAGCAUGGAGGACGUGGGCUGGGUGUCGGUGGUCGGCACCGGGACCAUGCUGGCCGCGGUGGCGGUCACGCUGGGCAAGCUGCUCCUGGAGCCGCUGCCGGAGCGGGCGGCGGCGGCCACCCACUGGCUGCCCCCAGCCUCCACCACGCCGCGACUGGCACUGGUAGCCCUGCUGGACGUCGUGUUUGCCUACGGUGGCCAGCAGGCAAGGACUUGGCUUGGUGUGAACUGGUUUCGGUAUGCCUCGACCAUGCGCAAGCGGUCCAACUUCCUCCUGGUCACGCGGGUGGGGGCCGUGACCAUGACGGCCUUCUACCUCCUCCUGGGAUGUACGGGCUACUGGAGCCUGGGGUCGGCCUACGACCUCAGCAAGCCCAUCACAUCGGUGCUGCCCCAGGACGGCUGGACGGUGCUCACCAACGCCAUGCUGCUCAUCCACUGCCUCGUGGCGUACCAGAUUAACAUCAACGUGCUGACGCACCUGGUACUGACAGUGGUCGCCAAGCACCGUGCACCCGCCCGCAGCUGGCAGGGCUGGGGCGCCUGGACCCUGGUCAGCGGCGUCGGCGUUUUGGCCAGCUGGGCCCUGGCCUCCGGCAUCCCCUUCUUCUCCCUGGUCAUCGCACUGGUGGCGGCUGUGGGCGACGUGGCUGCGGGCUACCUCAUCCCCGCCCUCCUCGCACUCCGCCUGCUGCCGCUGGGCCGCGCCGAGCGCUGGCUCUGCCGCGCGCUGGUGCCCCUGUCCGUCGCCCUGUCUGCCGCGGGCAUCUUCUCCGCGGUCCGCGAGAUUGUGCACGACUCCGCGGCAGCACCCUGA